AUGGAUGGUAAGAACAUGAAAUUCGAUGUUGAAAUAGAUGUCGUUAGUGUAGAUCCUGAAAUAAUAGAUGAACACUUGCGUUGUUCAACUGCUGUAUUGCAUGACAUUCUGAGCAACAAAAGUAACCAUGUGGUUGAAGACUAUGGAUCGCCGUGUCAACAUUGUGGUAAAUUAUACAAAACUACAAAUUCUCUCAAUAUGCAUUAUUUAUUCAAACACCCCGAUGAUCGGGCGGAAGUAAAAUGUGGCAUUUGUGAAAAAAAAUAUUCAUCAAUGAUGAGUCUACAAAAACACGUUCGAUACAUGCACCGCUAUAACCACCGAUGCAAAGCUUGCUAUAGAACUUUCGCAACAGCGGAACAAUUGUUCGAUCACGAGUUAUGUUGCAGCAAGAGGGAAACUCCAUGCGAGGAAUGCGGGAAGGUAUUUGAAUCGACGCUCGCUCUUCGUAAUCACUGUAAAUAUAAACACCCGAGAAAUAUGAAAAAUGUUUGCGAGUUAUGUCGACGUACGUUCACAAGUAUUCGCAGCUUAACUAAUCAUAUGACCAAUAUACACCCGUCGAUCGCAAAAAACUAUGUCUGG